UGUUGAGGCCGCUCGUUCAGAACCUCUCAUUGUUGCUAUUCUGUGAGUCAGUCUUUACUUUCGUUUUUCAGUUUCGCAAUAUAAAUACCAAAAGUCCAGAAUCAGUCGCAAUAGUUCCAUAUUCCAGCUUACUAGUCCCGGCAUCUACGGUGAAAACUUGAUAAAAACUUGGUUGAAAUUCUUAAAGUAUCUUUCCUGCAUUGGAAAAUCACCCGAGUUCUAUCGUGAACAAAAAUAACAACAAAUGGAAGUAAAAAUAGAUUAAAAGAGUGUUAACUUGAUAAUUACGAGAACAAGAACUCAAUAUGUAACCAGUAUAAGAUUUCUUAUCAGUGCCAAGUAUUAGGUGAAAAAAGGUCACUUUUUUGCGAAAGAUACACAAACAUUUUUAAGAGACAUCAGAACUUUGGUAAUCCCCUAUGACUAAGAGAAAAGCGGGCGAACUUCUUUAAUAGCGUUGUUUUCAGAUAAAGUACAGUCAGUUUUGUAUCAGUCUAAUCAAGGUAAAGUCGUGUGAUAAGUGCUAUGUUGUGCAAAGGAGCUUUCUUGGUUUUCGCUUUGGGGCUCACGAUUGUCCGAGGAGCUUCAUUCUACUCGUCCGGCUUUGGAAAUGACGGAGUUGUCAUUCUUGGAGAUCAAGUCCGCUGCGGCUCGUUAGCCUGCCCUCCCGAAUCAACUGGUUGUUUCCUUCAAAAGAAAACGGAUCCGAAUAAUACGAGGUUCGUAAACGUAUUGCAACGAUGUGUCGGGCGAGGAGGAGCCGUAACCAAGGAGACAAAUGAACGCGUUGAAGUACAGGACGGUCAAUAUUACGAUACAGUAGUAAGCAUCGGAAAUGGUGGGUUUAACAACGUAAUCGUAGGGGAUAACCUUGACCCCGAAAAGAAAGCUGAAAUUGAAAGGCAAGUGCAUCAGCUAACUUCACAAAUAAAUCAAGAAGUUCAGGCCAAUGUCGGUCAAGCACUGCGUGAUCUUGAUAAACGUUUGAAACAUUUGGAUGACAUAUUGAGGAAUAUCUGAUUGGUUUGCAUGUUAUGUACUAUCGGAAGCAAAUAAAGUUUUUCUGUAGCAAAAG